GCUCUGCAGAUCCUUGCUGACGAUGGUGGCCGCUGGAGGCAUCAAUAUUGAAGAUUAUCUCAUUUACAGACAAGAUCUUUGAAAUCCGGUCCCUUCAGGCAGCAAAGGAAGAAGAGGCUUUAUCGCAACAAAACGGGCAAAGAAACACAAACACUUGAAGAAACAGCACUUCUCCAAUUCUUCCCAAAAGUCCAGAGCCCCACCAGAUCCUGGUGGAUUCCAGCCACCAGUCUUCCUGCUUGCAGAUGUAACACAGGGAGCAGGAAUUCCUCAGAUGAGGGGUGGAGGAAACCCAGGAGCCACCUCGAUGGACAUAGGCCACUGUCGAGAGCACAACAGGAGACUGUCUAAAGCCAAGCUCAAAGUGCACCAAGAGUUUUAAGGAGCCUAAAGAUCCCCAAGAUAACCCCAAGCAAGACCAUGAGAAGCAAUGUAGCUUGGAAAGAACAAGAUGAACAGACCCACCUUCAAUCUGAUGCUUGAUGAGGAAAAAGGCUGUUUUAUUGGAGCCAAGGAGUCAUGAAAGAAAGCCAAGAAGACAACUUGGACAGCGAGCAGAAGAUAAAAAGCAAACAGAAAGAAUGUGGCAUGCAAAGGGUGUAAUACCUGGAGGUGUCGGAGCUGACUCAUAUUUAUAAAAAAAAAAUGAGACGAGCUUUCACCAAGUACAAGUUCUCUUAAGCCAGUCCUCGAGCUGGGAGCCAUGCUGGGGAACUAGGAAUCCUCCUUUUCCCCCCCUCCUCCUUUCUGACAGGGAACGGAAGGAUUGGCGAAUUAUGAUUUGCCCAAGUCGGAAGCACUAAUUUUUUUUCCUCUCUAGAGUUCGUCCUUAUGAAUAGAUAAGGAGUUUAAACCUUGCAUAUUUAAUGUGGACUGUGGUGGGAAAGUGACUCGUUGAACCAAAAUGGCCCCUGGGAAGGACUUGGUUUCAAACUGAGCUCGGAGCCUCCCGAUGCACUUUGUCCGAGUCGGGAUCAGCCGUGCUGCAGGGCCUGCUCUGGGAGGCCAGGAUGACAUGUAGGAGAAGGAGAUCCCCCUCCUGUUGAUAUCUCUGGAGAACUCACGACCAGAAACGGGAAAAUGAAUGGUGGGAAGGAGUGUGACGGAGGGGACACGGACGGAGGGCCACCAGCAGUGCAAGUUCCCGUGGGGUGGCAGCGGCGGGUGGACCAAAGUGGAGUUCUCUACAUCAGUCCCAGUGGGUCUUUAUUAUCCUGCUUGGAGCAGGUGAAGACUUACUUGCUGACUGAUGGAACGUGCAAGUGUGGCCUAGAAUGUCCUCUUGUUCUUCCCAAGGUGUUUAAUUUCGAUCCUGGAGCUGCUGUGAAGCAGAGAACUGCUGAAGAUGUCAAAGCAGAUGAAGAUGUCACCAAACUAUGCAUCCACAAGAGGAAGAUCAUUGCUGUGGCUACACUGCACAAAAGCAUGGAAGCACCUCAUCCUUCCCUGGUUCUCACCAGUCCUGGGGGUGGAACAAGUGCAACUCCAGUAGUUCCCACUCGAGCAGCAACUCCGAGAUCUGCGAGGAAUAAACCGCAUGAAGGAAUUACAAAUUCCGUGCUGCCGGAAUGUAAGACUCCUUUCAAGCUGAUGAUUGGGGCAUCCAAUGCCAUGGGGAGGCUUUACGUGCAAGAGAUGGCCGGGAGCCAGCAGCCAGAGCUCCAUCCUGUGUAUCCCAGGCAGAGGUUGGGGAGCAGUGAGCUGGGACAGAAGUCUCCGUACCGGGGCAGCCACGGCGGGAUGCCCAGCCCGGCUUCCUCGGGGUCGCAGAUCUACGGCGACGGCUCCAUCUCUCCCAGGACUGACCCGCUGGGGAGCCCCGACGUUUUCACCAGGAACAAUCCCGGUUUCCACGGAGCUCCCAACUCCAGCCCCAUCCACGUGAGCAGGACGCCGCUACCCGCCCACGCCAACCACGCGCCCCACGGCCAGAGGGUCCAGCACUCCGCCUCCACCUCCCUGUCCCCGUCGCCCGUGACCUCCCCGGUGCACAUGAUGGGCCCCGGGAUGGGGAGGAUCGAGGCCUCUCCCCAAAGGUCGCGCUCUUCCUCCACGUCGUCGGAUCACGGGAAUUUCCUGCUGCCCCCGGUCGGGCCGCAGUCGGCCUGCGGCGGCAUCAAGGUCCCCCCCAGGUCCCCGAGGUCGACCAUAGGCUCGCCGAGGCCGUCCAUGCCAUCCAGCCCUUCCACCAAGCACGAUGGACUCGGCCAGUACAAGGACAUCCCCAACCCGUUAAUCGCUGGAAUGAGCAAUGUACUGAAUCCUCCCAACAAUGCAGUUUUUCCCGCUGCAUCGGCUGGAAGCGGUUCCUUGAAGAGUCAGCCCGGUUUGCUGGGAAUGCCUUUAAACCAGAUCUUGAACCAGCACAACGCUGCCUCUUUCCCAGCCAGCAGUUUACUGUCAGCAGCAGCCAAAGCACAGCUAGCAAAUCAAAACAAACUCGCUGGUACCAACAACAGCAGCAGUAGCAACUCUGGACCUGUUGCCGGCGGCGGCAACUCCGAAGGACACAGCACUUUAAAUUCCAUGUUCCCUCCUGCUGCCAACGUGCUCCUCCCCACCACGGAAGGGCAGAGCGGCCGAGCAGCACUGAGAGACAAACUGAUGUCUCAGCAAAAGGAUCCUCUGAGGAAAAGGAAGCAGCCCCCCACCACGGUGCUGAGCCUGCUGAGACAGUCCCAGUUGGACAGUUCUGGGGUUUCCAAAGCCGGAUCCGAUUUGAUAAGAAAGCAGAGUCAAAGCUCCUUCCCCAUCAGCUCCAUGUCGCAGCUCCUGCAGUCCAUGAGCUGCCAGAGCUCCCACGUGAGCAGCAAUAGUUCCACGGGCUGUGGGAGCUCCGGCUCUGCCCUGCCCUGCUCCGGGAACCAGAUGCAUUUCCCGGAGCCUGCCCUGAGCUCGGGCGGCCUCCAGGCCCCGCUGGCGCCGGGGCUGCCCCUGCGAGGGGAGGGGCUGCACUGCCACGGCCCCAACCCUGCCUUCGGGCACGGGGCCAGCCCGGGCAGCACCAACCACCUGGCAGGGCUCAUCAGCCAGAUGCAGGCCGGCGGGAGCUGCGGGAUGCUCCCGCAGUCGGGAAUGGCUUUAGGAAACUCCUUGCACCAGAACCCACCUCAGGCGCGACUCCAGGCACCCUCGGCCCCGGUGAUCCCCAACAGCAUCGGCAGCAGCUGUAACCAGAGCAGCCCUGAAGCAGGCGGUUCGGGGCCGUCAUCGUCCAUCGCCAUCGCCGGCACCAGCCAACCUGCCAUCACCAAGACAACCUCCGUGCUGCAGGACGGUGUCAUUGUCACCACGGCAGCCGGGACCCCCCUCCAGCAGGGCCAGCUGCCCGUGGGCACCGACUUCCCCUUCUCCGGCCCCGAGGCGCCGCUGCCCUUCCCGCAGAACAGCGCCGGGAGCGGCAGCCUGCCGCCCGCCCUGCACCCCAACCUCCUCAGCUCCCUGCCUCUCUCCUUGCCCGUCAAUCAGCAGCAGCUCCUAAACCAGAACCUAUUAAAUAUCCUGCAGCCUUCAGCGGGAGAAGGCAAGUCCGAGGUCAACCUCAACCCUUUAGGUUUUCUCAACCCGAAUGUAAACGCCGCUUUAGCUUUUCUCUCCGGCGACGUGGACGGGCAGGUUCUGCAGCCCGUGCACUUCCAGCUCCUGGCAGCCCUGCUCCAGAACCAAGCCCAAGCCGCUGCCAUGCUCCCCGUGCCAUCCUUCAAUGUGACCAUCUCAGAUUUGCUGCAGCAGCAGAACCCCCCCGUGCCCUCGGUCGCGCAGCCGCCGGCCCCCCCCGAGCCCCUGCCCGACGGCUCCAGGGUGGAGACCCUCCUGUCCAACCCCCUUCCCAGCUUUCCAGGCGCCGACGCGGCUUCCAACCCCCUGCUCCUGCCCGCCGGCUCGGGGCCCUCGGCGCUCAUGGCCCUGAACCCCCAGCUGGUGGGGGGUGUCCUGAACUCCACCGGCCACCCGGAGGUUUCCAUUGCCACCUCCUCCCAGGCCACCACCACCACCACCACCACGUCCUCGGCGGUGGCAGCUCUGUCUGUCUCGGCGCUGGGCGGUGGCACGGCCGUGGUGUCCAUGGCAGAAACCUUGCUGAACAUAUCUAAUAGUGCUGGGAGUGCUCCUGGGCCAGCCAAACUCAACAGUAACUCUGUGGUGCCACAGCUCCUUAACCCUCUCCUGGGGACGGGCCUGCUUGGUGACAUGUCAUCCCUGAACACUACUCUGAACAACCAUCAGCUGAGUCAUCUCCAGUCGCUCCUGAACAACAAUCAGAUGUUUCCUCCCAAUCAGCAGCAGCAGCAGCAGCAGCAGCAGCAGCAGCAGCACCUUCUCCAGGGCUACCAGAACGUGCAGGGCUUUCAGGGCCAGCCCCAAAUCCCUGGCCCAGCCAACAACCCAAACCCCAUGGCCUGUCUGUUCCAGAAUUUCCAGGUGAGGAUGCAGGAGGACGCCGCGGUCCUGAACAAGCGGAUGAUCACCCAGAUGGGAAUGGCGCCGGUUCCCGACAGCUCCAACGCGAUGCUCCCUCCCUUCCCAGAACCCUCCUGCGAGCUGCAGCCCCGGGCCGAGCCCCCCCUGGGGCAGCAGCCCAAGGAUUCCCUGCCCGUGGGUGGCCCGGGGGACCCGUCGGUGGACGCCAUCUACAAGGCGGUGGUGGACGCGGCCAGCAAGGGGAUGCAGGUGGUGAUCACCACGGCCGUGAGCAGCACCACCCAGAUGAGCCCCAUCCCCGCCCUGAGUGCCAUGAGUGCCUUCACAGCCUCCAUCGGGGACCCCCUGAACCUCUCCAGCGCCGUCAGCGCCGUCAUCCACGGCCGCGGCGUGACCGUGCCCGAGCACGAGGGCAGGGCCAGGGGCGCCCGCGGCGCGCGCGGCCCCAAGGGCGCCGAGCACGGCAAGAACCCCGGGGAGGGCGAGGGCUACGAGUAUUACAAGGCGGCCAGCUGUAACACCCCCAAAAAACAGUGGGAAGGGGAGCAGAGCCCGGUGGGUGAGCUGAACAGGUGGAAGUGCGAGGAGUUCCUGGAGCACUCCCACCUGCACGGCAGCCCGUGCCACGAGAGGCCCAACAACGCCUCGGCGCUGCCCCUGCUGCCGGGGGAGCAGCACCAGGCCCUGCUGCCGCAGAGGAACUGCCAGAGCGAGAAGGCGCUGGAGGAGAAUUUCAGGUAUAACAAUUACAAAAGAACUAUGCUGAGCUUCAAGGACAGACUGGAGAACACUGUGGAACGCUGUGCACACAUCAACGGGAACAGGCCGCAGCAGGGCAGGGCCUUCGGGGACCUGCUGAGCGCUUCCAAACAAGACCUGGGUCUGGAAGAGCAAUCCCCGAGCUCCUCCAAUAGCUUGGAGAGCUCCUUGGUGAAAGACUACAUCCAUUACAAUGGAGAUUUUAAUGCCAAAAGCAUUAAUGGGUGCGUGCCCAGCCCCUCGGAUGCUAAAAGCAUCAGCAGCGAGGAGGACCUGAGGAACCCCGACUCGCCUUCCUCCCACGAGCUCCUCCACUACAGGCCAAGGACGUUCAACGUGGGCGACUUGGUCUGGGGCCAGAUCAAAGGACUCACUUCAUGGCCUGGGAAACUGGUGAGGGAGGAAGAAGUUCACAAUUCAUGUCAACAGAACGCUGAGGAGGGGAAGGUGGAGCCAGAGAAGCUGAAGACACUAACAGAGGGGCUGGAGGCCUACAGCCGAGCCAGGAAAAGGAACAGGAAAAGUGGAAAGCUAAAUAACCAUUUAGAAGCUGCUAUACACGAGGCCAUGAGUGAACUAGACAAAAUGUCUGGGAAUGUCCACCCAAUCCCACAGGGAGACAGACAAGUGAAGCCUCCAAAACUCAAGAGGAGGAAGAUCUCUAGAUAACAUUGAAUGUCUUUGUUACUGGUCCAGUACUUGUGAACACUGAGUCCAUCUGUAGGUAUUGCUCUAGGCUGGUACAUCACUAUUUAUGUGGGGACAGCUCGAUGCCAGCGGGGCACACGCCGGGCAGUGGGACAAGAUUUGGGAUGAUCAGGAGGGAUAGAAGUUGCUGGAGAAGCCAAUCAGAAAUCUGGAAUGGUUGCAGUAACAAUGUCAGAUGAUUACUGAAUUUUUUUUUUUUUCUAUGAUACUAAAAAUUGUGAUUAUAAGAAAUAGUCCAAAUGUUUCUGAGAAAUUUUCCUUGUGUAUAUAGAUAAUACAGAAUUUCCUGGUGAUAUCUGAACUGUAAAUAUUGUACAAUAUUGUCAUGUACAAGCGUACCUAAUGCACACUUUAUCUUUUAUUGUACAAAAAAUAGUGUACAAAAUUCUUUGGUUUCUAUUGAGUACACAUACAAGAGACUACCAGUGUAAAGUGAUAAAUAAAAAUACAGCCUAAAUGCUUUUAUAUGAUAAUGUAAAAGAUGCUGUUUUUGUAUUUAACAGCAGAGAGAAGGCAUGAUUAUGUAAUACCUUAAUUAUGACAUCCCCUUCACGCCACUGAGUGUUCAUGGAUCCUGUCUGUUUGGAAUGAACCUUGCCUGGAAGUGCUGUACUCCACUCAGGUCCCUGCAGGAGAGAGUGCAGAUUCCUCAUGGGAUGUGGGAUCGCAGCUCUGAUGGAGAAUUCCAAGGCCGCAGCCAUCGGUUGCUUUUGGUUUCCGUAACUUUUCCAGUAGGAUGCUGUAGGUUGGACUGAAGAGGACAAAGGAACAGUAGGAGGCCUGUUUUAGUCAAGCAUUUCUGUAGGUGAGGUUUCAGAGCCCCCUGAGGAACUAACCAGUCGAUACCCCCCCGUAACAUUGACCCCCUGGAUUAAUUAGCUGAGAUUGUCUAACUUCAUUAACCCUGCAGGGGGGCAGAGGCCCUGCUUUGAGAAGGGAUCAGUGUUGGUUCCAGUUGGUUUGGCAGUAGAAUGGAAGGGCAAUGCUCUGGAAAAGGUAAUCCCGCUAUCCAUCCCUCGGUAUUGAAACACAAAAAGGAGUUAAGGGUGGCUUACAAAACUUAUUAGCAGCAGUGAUUUUUAUCAGUAUUAUGUAACAUAUCAGAUUUAUUUUAUUUAAAAAGAAUUAUUUAUACCAUUAACAGAUUCUUAUAUAUAUUAAUGUGGCUGAAAUGCGCAGGUUAAAUCUAUUAACCAAAUUAUUUAUGUUAUAUUAAGUGAGAAAUGUGAAACAUAUGUAGAAAAAAGAAGAAAUUAAUACACUACAGAUUUAAAA